UGUGUGUGUUUGUGUUUGUGUUUGUGUUAGUUGGUAAUUUUGUGAUCGAUCAGUUUGGAGGCAGAAGCAAUAAUAAACGGUGAUCAUCAUCUUGCGACUUGUAGGAGUAUAUUAUUAAUCGAUCGUCCAUAUAUAGCCAGGCUGCUGAUCAAAUACUAAUCUAUAUGGCAGUGACACAAGAGCCUAUUCUAUCUAGGCUUGAUCGCCUUGAUAAUCUGAUGAGGCAUAUGGAGGAGAUGGUAAGAGGAUCCAAAAGGUCUACAAAGAGUUCAUCGCCAACACCAUCCACACCCAGCUCAACUGCAAGUGCUACUGAUGGCGUCGCUUCUUCCUUUGAUUUCUCACCAAGGAGCGCCUGCCGCCCCAUUGUUGAUGUUAUCGUCGAGACUGAGCAUAAAGGAACCCUCCUUGAUAGGCUUGCGCUCAUGGAAGAUCGUUUUCUCAAGAUGUGUAUGCAGCUGAAGGGAGAGUUGGAAGCACAGAAAGCAGAUAAACAGCUACACAAGUCUGCUCCUAAGAACAAGAGUAAGGGAUUCAAGCAAUUUGUCAAAUCAUGUGUUAAAGGGAAAUAAUAAUACCAAGGACAAAUGACACAAACUACAAUUUCAUACCUCAGCGAGAAGACUCUCUAUUACUAUUAAUUUUUACUACUUAAUCAUUAAUUAGUCCUAUAUUAGUGUAACAAAGAAACAUACAUCCAUGUAUAUAUAUAUAUCAUCUGGGAUUUGUCUACUUAUCCUUUUAAAAAAAAAAUUUAUUUAGCGA